AUGAAUAACGAUUUAUGUCUCUUAAUACGAUAAGUUAGAAUGCCUAUGAGAAUACAGAUCCCUAAACAAAAAAAAUAACCUGUUUUUCACAAAAAAACUUACACCAUACCAGACAAAAUUUAUAAUGACAAAGAAAUUAUCCAAUUGUAUUCAUUCACAAACUUAUUAGAUAUUUCAAAAAAUUCAUUAAUGUAGAUAUUGAUGAUUCAAUUGCCUUAGAAAUCAUCUCAACUCCUGACUUUAUUAAUUGUAAUAUCAAUAUCAAAUUAGGGACGUUAAAUACAAAUUAAUGA